AUGCUUCCAAUCAUCCUCCUCCUCGGCCCAGCGGGCUGCGGCAAAGGAACCACCGCGAAAAAGCUCAUCGCAAACUACCGCCUCUACCACCUCUCCGUGGGUGAUUGGCUUCGCGCACAGGGCAAGGCUCCCAWCAUCGGAGUCUCUUCUCCAUGCAUCAACGACUACGUGUCGUUGAACUUUCCCGUCCCUCUUCACUGGCUCGUCAAAUCCUACGGGGAGAACUGGAUGGAAACCGCACCUCCGGCACUCAUCCUUUACGUCUGCUCCAAAACCAACUCCUCAACUCCAGACAGCAUGUGGAUUCGCUCCAUGGCUGGACUGAAGCAGGAAUGUCUCUCGGUAAGUCCCCAGUCCUACGACGCCAUCCUCCUCGAUAACUUCCCCAAACUCAUCUCCCACUCCAACGCUCUCGAUCGCUGCUUCGGGACCACCCCCGUCCUGGCAAUCUCUCUAACCUGUCCCUCUGACAUCAACCUGGCGCGCUUCCUCGCUCGCAACCGCGGCUCAGACGAUGCGAAAACUUUUCGCAGACGUCUAGCGCGGUUCGACAGGGAGUCUCCGGCUGUCAUCGGGAAGUACAGGGGUGCUGGUAAGUUGGUCGAGGUUUCCACGUUGGGCACUCCUGAGGAGGUCUUUCGCAAGGUGGUAAACGCUUGCGAGGAGACGGAGGCUUGGCGGGCCAUCUUUACUGAUGUGUCUGCUUGCCAGCCGGCUGCGGAGUGA